AUGAAAAAUUUUUUUAUUCCUUUCAUUUUGGGCUUAAAUAACUUACACUUUGUCCUUCCAUCUUAUAUUGAAGGAUUAAAUGAGUAAUAAUAAUUUUAAACAUUUCCAUUCCAUAGUGGAAUGCAGAACUAUAAUAAAUUUGAUGCUUUUAGUUAUGGAGUUUGGAGUAAAUAUCUUCCUUUAAGUACAAUUUCUUAAGUUGGAUUAAUAGGAAUGUUUGAUAGUCACUGCUUUCUUUAAAACUCUAUUAUUGAAAAAACAAAUAAGGAAAUUAACUUACUCUAUUAUGAUUGUGUUGAUCAAUAAACUAAUACUAUUUAAAAGAAGGUUUAAUUUCUAAGUAGUGAUAAUUAAAUGCACAAUUAUAAAUAUGAAAUCGAUCCAUUAAUGUAUGAAAAUUAUUGGUAUUUUUUUGGUCUGAAUAUAGUACUAUCAGAAGGAAUUUUUGGAUUUUAUAUAUUUCAAGGGGAAAUCUUAAUAACAAGUUAACAACUUAAUAUUUAAGGCCCUUUUAAACAUUAAGAUUUAACAAUAAUUAUAGGAGGAGGUUUAAUUGUAGAAGAAUCAUAAAUACUAUGGAUUCAAGAAAUUUAAAAGCUUUCUUAUUUUCCUGGAAAAUUGACAAUAUUACACCCAACUAUUCAAAAUUUAGAGGAAAAUUAUGAUAGAUAUGAUUAUUUCCAGAGCUUCUCAAAAAUGUACAAUCCAGAAUGCAUUACAUAAACUAAUUCAAUAGAAAAUUUACCAGAUUUUGAUAUUUACAAAUUAAACCAUAAUGUAUUUGCUUCAGAAAAUAUAAACUGUGAUGAAUUUUAAUUUGAAACUUGGAUUCAAAUUUCAAAUUUUCGUCAAGAAGACUAAUAAUUUAUUUAUUAAUUGUUAAAAAUAUCAGCAAAUUUUGAAAAUAGUUAUGCUAAAAAUGAAAAUUUAUCACCAUUUUAAUUAUUCUAUGAAUUUUCAAAUUCGUAAAUUAAAUUAAAAGUGACUACAUAUAGUUUGAUAUUUCCACUUGUUGAUUAUGAUUUUAAGAAGUAAAGUUUUUUGUAAUAAAAAGAAUGGAGUAUCAAUAAUAUUAAAUUAUGGCAUUUCUUAUAUGUCUCUUUGAGUAAUAAUAUACUUUAAAUAUAAAUUACAUUUUAUGAAGGAUUAGAUUAAACCCUAUAUGAAACUUAAUUUAUAGUUAAUUAAUUCCAUGAAGUAUAAUUUAAAUUAUAAUAUGGAAAUAUAUUACAAUCAUCAACUAAUUAUUUGACUGGAAUUCUGAAAAACAUGAAAUUUAUUAAUUCUGCAUCAUAAGGAGAUAUUUUCAAAGGUUGUCAUCAUAGUUGUAAAUAAUGCGAAGGUCCUACAAAUAAAGAUUGCUUAUCUUGUUCAGAAGAAUCAAAUCGAAUCUAUAAUUCAUAAUAUAAAGUAUGUGUAUGUCCAUUUGAUUAUAUUGAUGAUAUAGAGUGUAAGAGUAUGGAAAACUAUAAUUUACUAUUUGAUCCAGAAUUUGAAGAUUAUUCAACAUCAAAUUGCCCUUAAGGAUAUUUUAAUAAAGAUGAAUUUUGCUUAAAAUGGUAAGUUAUUUUUUUAUUAAUAUAGCCCUUCUUUUAUAAAGGAUACAAUAAUGACAUGUUUGGAAUGUAUUUAAAAUCCUAAAAGUUGGCAAAAUGAUCCAUAUUGUUAAACUAAUCUCUACAUAGAUCAAUAAGGAAGUCCAGCACAAUAUAAAAUUGAUAAUUUAAAGACAUAUUAUAUAUUUGAUGGGAUUGAUAUUAAACCAUAAUAAUUGGGUUUAUAUCAGGAUUAAGAUUAAGAUUAAGAUUAAGAUCAAGAUCAAUUUGAUUCAUUAUACUAAGAUUUUUAAGAGACAAAUAAGAAUUUUCUAAGAUUUUACUCUUCAAAAAAAGUUAUUGAAAGUUAUUCUUGCGAUCUUGAAAAUUGCGAAAUUUGUGUUAUGUUAAUUACAAAAUAAAUUUGCUAAAAAUGUUCAAGAAUAUCUAAGUUAAAAAAUGGAAUUUGUGAGAAAAUCAUUCGUGGAGUCAUUCAACAAAAUAAUUGCUUAGCUCCUUAUUAUAUAACAUCUGAAAACCUUUGUAAUUUAUGUGAAAUUGAAAAUUGUUAGUUUUGUUUUGAAUAUGCAAGUAAUGAUUUAACUAAAUGCACACUAUAUAGUGAUUUUUAAACCUUUUAAAAAGAUGAGUUUCUUAAAAUAGGUUGUGCAUUAUGUUUAGAUGGAUUUAUAUUUGAUUUUACAUUAGGUAAGUGUAUUUAUAAAGAACCAACUUUACCUAACUGUUAGAGAUCUUUUAUAAACCCAUUAGGUUAAUAACUUUGUACUUUAUCAGCUAUUUAAGACUUUGGAGUUGCUCCAGAAAUAGCAAAUUGUUAAAAAUAUAUAUCUAAUUGUAAAUAAUGUAUUUAAACACCUUAAUCGAUUGUAAAGUGUAUUAUUUGUGAAGAUGGAUAUUCGAGUUCCCUAACAACUGGGCAUUGUAGAAUCUGUCAAGUAGAACAUGCUAAAUUGUGUAUAGAAGGAGAUUAUACUAAAGGUGAUGCUUGGAUGUAAUAAAUACAAAGUUUCUUAAUGUUAUUUUUACCAAAUAAAUAUAUGUAUCCAAAGUCUGCUAACUUGUUAUAUAUUACACCUCUUGCAAUCAAAUGUAUAGAUAAAUAUGAAAUGAACCAAAAUUUUUGUAGGUUAUAUUGCGAUAUAAGUUGUUUAUCUUGUAAAAAAGAAGAAUAACCAUAUAACGGAUUCACUUGUAAUAAAUGUAUUCAGGAUUAUUAUAUGGAACCUUUAAGGAGUAUAGAAAAAGAGACAUGUAUUACUUGUCCUUUGCUAUGUUUGGUUUGUGAAUAAAGAACAACAGAUGAGAUUUAAGUAUGAAAUAGAUAUCUAUUUUAGAAUAUUAAUCCUUCAUAUGAAAUAAAUGAUUAAAAUAGAAAGUAUACUUAUAAAUGUAUACAAAAAAGGUAAGACUAAAACAUAAUUGUUGAUCCUUAUUAAUAAAUAGCUAAAUAUUGCUUUAAUGGAAUUUGUGACAAUCUUAUUUAUUAUUAAGUAUAUUUAAAAUGAUAAUUAGAUACAAAAUAAUUGUGAAGAUUUGUAUAAGAUAUUUGAUGGAUGGAGUUCUUUUUCUGAUGAUUUUAAUUUUGACUAUUUUAAUCAUAUUGGAGCACAAAGAUUUAAGUUAAUCAUUCCUAUUCAAGAUAUUUGCAUCCUUAAUGAAAUUGCUACAUAAUCUUUAUCUAAUGAAUUAAAAAAAAGAGUUUUUUCCUUAUUUUGGGUUGAGAUGACAUUACUAGGCAAUCACUCUCCAUCUACUUAUUAACCUAUAAUAACAAUCAAAAACUUUAAUUCUAUCAGUUUUAAAAAUCUAUUUUUUAUUAUAUUUUAAACCUUAGAAUUAUUGAUACUUAAUGAUGAUUCUCCUACUAAUUUAAUACUUACUGAUUCUAAAUUCAUAGCAAAUAAUGAGGAGUAAAUAUAUUUAUCAAUUUAAACAGAAUAAUGUCAACAUUUUGAAAUCAGAAAUAUCACAUUAAGUGAUUUAAAUAUUUCUAAUUCUGUUGUAUUUUUAAUAAGAUUUCACAAUAAAAAUUAAGAUGAUUCAAUCAAAUUACUAAAUUUCACAAUUAGAAAUUGUAAUUUAACUCAAACAAUUCUUUUUUAAUUUUACAAUUUUCCUAAUGAUAUUACUAUUGAAAAUUUUAAAAUUGAAAACUGCUAAUUUUAUAACUCAACAAUUUUUAGUUUUAUAUAGGCUAUAAACACGUAAUCUAUGAUUAAUAUCAAUAAUUUGAUAAUUAGUAAAUCUUUUAUUUAAAACUCACUAUUAAUUAAUGGUACAAACACCCAUUAAUUUAAACUAGUUUAAGUUUCAUUAAAUUUGAAUAAAUUAACUAAUUCAAAAUUUUUACUAUUUUAAAAUAGUCUUAUUAUCAGGUAAUUAAAUUUAAGAGAUUCUUAAAUAUUUUAGACAUUUUUAUUUUAUAAAUUAUUAUCAAAUGCAUAAUCAAAUAGUUUAUAAUUCGAUCAAUUUGAUAUUUAAAAUAAUAUUCUAACCAAUACUUCUCUCAUUUUUACAGAAUAAUCAUCAACACUUAAUUAAGUAGUGAUUAAAUUAUAAAAUGUUAAUUUCUUAGAAAAUAGUAUUCCUAAUGCAUAAAAUUCAACGACUUAUCUAUUUUAUUUGAUUUGUUUUAGCUUUUCAAUAAAGAAAUUUGAAAUAAUAAAUUCAUAUCAUCUUUAAUAUUUUUUUCUUUUAAGUGUAUCAUUAAUAGAUGUAGAGGAUAUUUUAUAUACUAAUAAAAUAUAGAAAUAUCGAGUACCUACAUCUAUAUAAUGUUUAGAAGUCUUAAUAGAAAACUCAUAAUUAUUUUACAUUUAAGGCUACUUAACUCUAUCAUUAACAAAUAUUACAAUUAUGAAUCAAUAUAGUAUAGAUUAAUCUUUAAUUUAAAUUUUAUCCAAUUCAUCUGUUGCAAACAAAAGAGAGAGUAUUAAACUUAAAGACUUAAAUUUUGUAGGAAAUAUUUUAUUAAAGAAGAGUUUAGGUCUAGUACUAUCAUAAUUAGCAAUAUAUUCUGAUAAAAAUUAAAUUAUUGAAAUUGAGAAGAUUAAAUUUUAAGAUAAUAGUUUUAAUUAACUUAUUGAUGAUCCAUCCCAAACAUCUUCAGGUUUAUUAUUUAUUAAUUCAUAAUAAAGUUCUUUAUAUAUAUCUAAUUUACUUUCAUAAAGAAAUGCAUUGACUAAUUCCACAAAUUCAUAUAUAUACAUUAAUACGAAUUUAUUGUAAAUUAAUAACAUAGUUAUUAAUAAUCAUAAUUAAUUAAUUUAAUCAUUUUGGAACAAAUAUUUUAAUAUAGAUUUAUCUGAAAAUUAUAAUUAAGAAAUUAUCAAUUAAAUGAUUAAUAAAGUAUUUACAAUUUAAAAUAAAGGAGGUGCUCUGGCAAUUACAACAGAACAUUUCACUAUAAAUAAUUGUUUUUUUAAGGAUAUAUUGGCUUAAAGUAGCUCUAUACUUGAAAUCAUAACUUAAGGUUUAGGUAAAGUAACCAUAACAAACUGUUCUAUGAUAUCAGCAUAAAAUAUUUUCUCAUAAAUUGGAGAAAAUGAAGGAGCAAUAUCAAUUUAUUCAAAAAAUAGUCUUUUAGAACUUAAAUUUCAAAAUAUAACCUUGAAAGAGAUAUAAAAUAGAUUAACCCCAUCUAUCCUAUCAAUAGUUCCAUCAUUUAAGUCUAAUACUAUUAUUUUUCAAAAUAUAGUCAUUUAAAACUGUUUCUCUUUAGUAAAUUAAUUUAUGAAAAUAGAGUUUUAACUAUUAAAUCUAAAAUCAAAUAUUGUUUCUAUGAAAAACAUUUCAAUAUAAUAAGAUGAAAAUUAAUUAAUUUAAUACUUUUAAAAAAUGGAAUCUAUAACAAUCUAUGAAAUUUAGAAAAUAACAUAUGAUAAUGCCAUUAUUAAUUUAUAAGGAUGCAAUUUAAGAAUUAAAAAUUUUUAAUUUUAAGGAAUUUUAUUGUCUUCAAUAAUAAAAGUUUUAGAUUCAUACACUAUUUAACUGGAAAAUCUACAUAUUGUUGAGGUUUAGUUAUUUUAUCCAAUUAACAUUAUUCAUAUUGGAUAAACAACAUCCAUGUAAUUUAACGCUGUUUUAUAUAAUAUUGAGAUAAUGAAUUUAGUUUCAUUUGAUUUUAAUAAAAUUAAGACUAAUUUAAUUGAAUAUUCCAAAAUAGUAUUAGAAUAAAAAAGUUGUAAUAUCAAUCUUUAAUUAUUAAAUUAAGAUUUAAAUGCACCCAUAAAAAUUGCAUGGAUAUUUGAACAAAUUUUGCUUUUAUCAAGUUAAAAAGGGACUUUAAUCUAUAUUUUAAGUACGAAUUCUCAAAAUAGAAUAAAAUUAAUUUAGAUAUUAAUAUCAAAUAAUAAUUGUUUAGAAUGUUAGAAUGGAAUAAUUUAAUUUGAUAUAAAAUAAUAUUUAUCAAUAUUUAUCCAAGAAUUAUAUUGUCUCAAGAAUAAUAUAUCAAAUUAUGGAUGUGUAUAUGCUAAAGCAGAAAAUUAAUAAGAAUCAUAAAUGGUAAUUAAGAAUUCUAUAUUUAACAUGAAUAGGGGUAUUAUAGGCUCUGCAAUUAUGGCUGAAAAUGUAAGAAUUACUCUUGUCAAUUUGAAAUUAUUAAAUAAUAUUGCAACCUCCCAAGGAGGAGCUUUGUAUUUAUCAAUUAAUAAUAAUUAAUUUAAAAUAAUUCAAACAAUUAUUUAUAAUAACAAAGCAGAAUAAGGAGGAGGAAUUUACUUAUAAGGUAAUGGUAAAUUAAAUAAAGACAAUUUUAUAAAAUCAUGGAUGAAACUAAAUUCAGCAUAUCUUUUACCUAAUAAUCUUUAAGAAAUGCCUACUCAUUUAUCUUUAUCAAUUAAUAAUUUUGAAAUGAAAACUAUUUAGAAAAAGAUAAAUAAUAAAACAUCAAAUAGUUUGUUAUUAUAACCUUAUUUUGUAAUGGAAUAAGGAAAGGUAAAAUUAACGAAAUUAUUAAUGUUACCAAGCAAUUAAGAAAUUAGUAAUUAUUAAAUAUAUAAUCCAUCAUUACUUAAAUCUGAGAAAUAUUUAGAAGAAUUUUCAAUAUCUUAUAAAAAUAAUCUUAAUGAAAUAUUACCUAAUUUUUCUAAUUCCACAUGUGAAAUUUUUAUGUAAACAUUAAUAAAUGAUACUCUAAUUGAUUCGACAAAUAUUGCAAAUAUUGAAUAUAAUUUUGAAUCUAAAAAUUUUGAUUUAAGAUUUUUAUCUAUAACUGUAGAUCCAUACAAAUAAAAUAAUUAAACCAAUUAAAUUUAAAUUGUUUGUCAUCUUAAUGAUAAAUCUGAAACUUUAUUAUAUGAUAUUUAAAUUAAAGGCUUUAUGUGUUAAUUAGGAGAGUUUUAUUUUUAAUCAGGUUGUUAAAUAUGUUAACCAAGUUAAGGAUAUUAUUCUGUAACAUACAAUACUACGAAAUGUUCAAUAUUUGAUUAAAAUAAAUUUAAAUCUAUAACUUCAAAUUAGAUUUAACUCAAGAAGGGUUAUUGGAGACCUGAUUAUUAAUCUGAUUUAAUUGAACAUUGUUUUAAAUUUGUUGAUUUUUGUGAGGGAGGAUGGGUUGUUUCAGAUGAUUUAUGUUUAGUGGGACAUAUUGGAGGUUUAUGUGAAGAAUGUGACAUUUAUGAUAUAAGAGGACAAGGAAAUUAUUUUAAAAACUAAUUAAAUACAUCCUGUCAAGAUUGUAGAGAUGCAAUUAAUAGUGUUUUUCCAUUUGUUCUUACAUCAAUAUGGUAUUUUACAUAAACAUAAUUUAUAGGGCCCUUAUUUCAACUCUUUUAACUUUAAGAAGUAUUGAUAAAUCUAAUAAAUUAUUUUCUUCUUUGAAAAUAAGGUAAAGAUUUGUGAAGAUUAUUUUUAAAUUAAAUUAAGGUAAUAUAAUAUUUAUAUAUAGAUCAUGAGAGCAUUCUACUUAAAUUAUUUCUUAAUUAUGUAUGGAUAUUUUCAGUAAUUUUUACUUUUAAUUUUUAAUUUUCAUUUUCAUUUACAUUCAUUAAUUAGACAAGUAACACAUCAUACUUUAUGGCUAACAAUUUAGAUUGCUAUUUAUCAAAGAUCUAUUAGAAUAUAUCUCUUAUUUAUAAUAGAAUAAUAACUAUGAUAGUGUUAAUGGUGUGCUAAUUAUUAAUAAUAUAUAUGGGCUUUAAGUUAUAUUCAAAAAUCAAACACUAGAAAUUUAAUAGCAGCAUAAUAUCUACUACACUAUUGUACUUAUAUGUUUCAAAUUAUGCUGCAUUGAUAAAACAGUAUAAUUAAAUAAUAAUUAUAUUAGACUAUUUUCAUUAUUGGCUAAGAGGAUAAUAUCUGAUAUAGAAUAUAUUUCAGGAGAUGUAUCAUUACUUUAUAAUUCACCAAGUCAUAAAAAAUGGAUAAUUGGCUUUGUUUUACCAGGAUUAGGAUUGAUUGGAUGUCUCAUCCCAUCUGCUCUCUUUCUACUCUUAUACAUCUAAAGAGACAAACUAGAUAAGAUAAAGUUUAGAAGACAUAUAUGUUAUUUAUUCAAUGAAUACAAUAAUGAAAAUUACUUUUGGGAAUGGAUCAAAUUAUGGAAAAAAACAGUCAUUAUCAUUAUUAUGACAUAUUUUGAAACAAAUGUAUUUGUGAAGGCUUCAUUGCUUGGAUUAUGUUUAUUACUUUAUUAAUUAUAUGCAGCAAAAUAGAAACCUUAUAUACUUAAUAAUUUAAACGAAUUAGAUGUAUCAACAGGAUAAAUAUGUUCAAUUGCAAUAUUUUUAGCUUCAAUUAAAUAUAUAAGUGAAUAAUAAGAGAAUAAAUCAACUUCUGUUUUAAUCGAAAUGAUUCUAGUUUUACUCUGUUUGAAACUAAGUUAUCCUUUUGUUAUUGAUUUAUUAAGAGUCUAUUAUAAAAAAUAUAAAAUUUUGCUAUUAAGUAAUUUAUAUGAUGCAUUAAAAAUAAUAAAUUGCAAUUUAAGUCUAACACUUUAUGUUAAUAGAAAAUUAAAUUAAAUGAAGUAAAGAGAAUAAAAGUUAAAAACAAAUUUAAUAAAAUUAAGAAUUCAUUUAUUACAAAUAUCAAAGUUUUAAUUAGAAUCAUAAAAGUAUUAAUCGUAUUAUUAUUAAGAUCUCUCGUGAAUUUAUUAAAUUCAUAAUCAACAUCUAGACUAGCAAUGUUAGGUCUUGAUUAGAAUGCAUAAAAGAUAAUUAGAUUAGAAACAAAUUGA